UUUCAGGCAGGAAACGGAAGUGUCAGUAACUCCUACUAGCUACUAUACUUGAGCGCUCCGGAGCUCACUUCUCACUAAACACAGCCAGUCAGAGGUGGGUGCCCGUGCAAAGGCCAUCGGAUCAAUGGCUCUGCCUGGUACCCUCAGAUUUAGGGUGCUGUUAGCCCUGCCCGGGGCCCUGGCCUCUGGGGUAGGCACAGAGGAUGGUGCAGGCUCCAGUGCUGUCACCAUCAUCCUGCUGUUCCUGCUCCUGCUGCUACUUGUCACUGCCCUGGCCUUCGCCUGGCAUCGCCUCAGUCGUGCCUCAGGGGGCUACUACCACCCAGCUCGCCUGGGUGCUGCGUUGUGGGGCCACACCCGCCGCCUGCUCUGGGCCAGCCCUGCAGGCCGCUGGCUUCGGGCCCGCACUGACCUGGGAUCCCCAGAGGAACCAGGGCAGCAAGAGGAGCAGGAUGCAGAAGAGGAUUUCAUGAUGGAUGGUGGCCCUGAGGAAGCUGGUCCCCAGGAAGAGGAGCAGCGGUGUGAAGCCGGAGCUCAAGCAAAGCAGGCCCCAGCAGCAUAUGACACAGACAGUGAAGGGGGCCUAGGCCUCAGCUCGCAAGGCCCCGUGGGCUCAGGCAGCAGUGCUGAGGCCCUUCUGAGUGACCUGCACGCCUUUUCAGGUAGUGCAGCCUGGGAUGACAGUGCUGGAAAAGCAGGGGGCCAGCGCCUUCAUGUCACCGCACUAUAGGAGCCAGCCUGCUGUCCUGUCCCUGCCCCAGCCUCUGACUGUCUCUUUUCAUGCUGUCCUGAUGAAACAAGAACCAGCCUGGACCAUCAUCAUCCCAUGCAGCUUAGACUGCCACCCCGACCAGUUUCCCAGAGUGUCCCUCUCCCCCUCCCCAGGCACUGGGCAGACACCGAAAAUAAAACUUCUUAAGUCCUGA